GUUGUGGGGGAAUAUGGCAUGGCUCAUUUCAGAAACAAAGGCCAGAGCAAAGGAAAAGAUUACUGCAUCUUCUUCAACUCCCAGUGGGCUCGUCUACCUCUGGACCUCAACAAAGCAGUAAGUGGUGGAGUAACCUAACCUAACUUAUGACUACUAAGUCAUUGUCACUUCUUGAGCAAUGUUGGACAAACAUUUGUGUGUGCGCUCUCUGGUGGAUAAUCUCAAAAUACAGCUGCCCUGACAAGUUCAUCAGAAUACUGAUGUGUGUGCAUGAUGAAAUAUUGCGAGCGGCACCCAUUAUUAACCUAUCCUUUGUCUCCAGUCCCAUCUCCAGAUCUAUGACCUGACACCGUCAGCCCUGUGUUCCUCGUCGGACGUCCCCGUGGGGGGCUUCCCCAAUCGUAUCCCCAUGGUAAUGAGGGGGAACUGCACUUUCUAUGAGAAGGUCCGCCUGGCCCAGCUUAACGGAGCUAAAGGCCUGCUCAUCAUCAGCAAAGACAGGCUGGUAAGAGUCAAACCAUAUAAUUCUUCAAAGAGGCUGGUAAGAGUCAUAUCCAAGGGUGUAGUGGAGGGUAAAACCAUUUAUUCUGCACAAGCGUUUACCCACCUUUUGCAAAAAAAGGCAUUGAAAGUAUAGGGAGCUCUACUUUACAUACAGCGAAUGCAAUCAGCGUUUACCUCUACAUUACUGGUCAUAUCAUUCAGCAAAGACAGGCUGGUAAGAGUGAAAUCAUAUUAUUCAGCAAAGACAAGCUGGUAAGAGACAACUCAUAGCAUAGACAGGCUGGUAAGAUUCAAACCAUAUCAUUCAGUAAACAGGCUGGUAGGAGUCAAGUCCUAUCAUAUUAGCCUUGUGGUUCCAGACUUGUCUAUGUGCUUUAGCUAGCUCUCCUGUUCCCUUUGAACUUCACUACUGCAGUUCUAAUAGGCUUGGAAGGAGAGGAGCAGAAUAAGAGCAUUGGGACACACCUUAGUAUUCAGGUUAUAUACAGUCACCACAAAUUAUUGGCACCCUUGAUAAAGAUGAGCAAAAAAGACUGUAUAAAUAAAUAAUAUAAAUACUGAGCUAUAUUGUAUGCAACAAUUUUUUUUAAAUAAUAUUUUAUUAUAGUAAUACAAUUGCUCAGAGAAAGAGAUUUUAUUGGCACCCCUAAAGAUUCUUAUAAAUUAAAUCAAACAAAAUUAAAUCUGCUAUAAUAUUCUACUUUAUAAAAAUGUAAUCUCUGUUUGUACUGUAUUGUGGCCUUCCAUGCCUUCCCGUUUCACUGGGGGUAUAAAAAUGAGGUAACGCAUGUACAACGUAUGUCAUCCAUCACCAUGAGAAAAGGCAAAGAAGACAGGCAAAUGGUAACACGCAUGUAAACUCAGCAAAAAAAGAAACGUCCCUUUUUUCUGGACCUAGUCUUUUAAAGAUAAUUCGUAGAAAUCCAAAUAACUUCACAGAUCUUCAUUGUAAAUGGUUUAAACACUGUUUCCCAUGCACCUGUGGAAUGUUCGUUAAGACACUAACAGCUUACAGACGGUAGGCAAUUAAGGUGACAGUUAUGAAAACUUAGGACACUAAAGAGGCCUUUCUACUGACUCUGAAAAACACCAAAAGAAAGAUGCCCAGGGUCCCUGCUCAUCUGCGUGAACGUGCCUUAGGCAUGCUGCAAGGAAACAUGAGGACUGCAGAUGUGGCCAGGGCAAUAAAUUGCAAUGUCCAUUCUGUGAGACGCCUAAGACAGCACUACAGGGAUACAGGACGGACAGCUGAUCGUCCUCGCAGUGGCAGACCACGUGUAACAACACCUGCACAGGAUCGGUACAUCCGAACAUCACACCUGUGGGACAGGUACAGGAUGGCAACAACAACUGCCCGAGUUACACCAGGAACGCACAAUCCCUCCAUCAGUGCUCAGACUGUCCGCAAUAGGCUGAGAGAGGCUGGACUGAGGGCUUGUAGGCCUGUUGUAUGGCAGGUCCUCACCAGACAUCACCGGCAACAACGUUGCCUAUGGGCACAAACCCACCGUCGCUGGACCAGACAGGACUAGCAAAAAGUGCUUUUCACUGACGAGUCGUGGUUUUGUCUCACCAGGGGUGAUGGUCGGAUUGGCGUUUAUCGUCAAAGGAAUGAGCGUUACACCGAGGCCUGUACUCUGGAGCGGGAUUGAUUUGGAGGUGCAGGGUCCGUCAUGGUCUGGGGCGGUGUGUCACAGCAUCAUCGGACUGAGCUUGUUGUCAUUGCAUGCAAUCUCAACGCUGUGCGUUACAGGGAAGACAUCCUCCUCCCUCACGUGGUACCCUUCCUGCAGGCUCAUCCUGACAUGACCCUCCAGCAUGACAAUGCCACCAGCCAUACUGCUCAUUGUGUGCGUGAUUUCCUGCAAGACAGGAAUGUCAGUGUUCUGCCAUGGCCAGCGAAGAGCCCGGAUCUCAAUCCCAUUGAGCACGUCUGGGACCUGUUGGAUCGGAGGGUGAGGGCUAGGGCCAUUCCCCCCAAAAAUGUCCGGGAACUUGCAGGUGCCUUGGUGGAAGAGUGGGGUAACAUCUCACAGCAAGAACUGGCAAAUCUGGUGCAGUCCAUGAGGAGGAGAUGCACUGCAGUACUUAAUGCAGCUGGUGGCCACACCAGAUACUGACUGUUACUUUGGAUUUUGACCCCCCCCCUCAGUUGUUGAAUCUUGUUAUGUUUAUACAAAUAUUUACACAUGUUAAGUUUGCUGAAAAUAAACGCAGUUGACAGUGAGAGGACGUUUUCUUUUUUUGCUGAGUUUACAACGUAGAGUGGGGGAAAAAAGUAUUUAGUCAGCCACCAAUUGUGCAAGUUCUCCCACUUAAAAAGAUGAGAGGCCUGUAAUUUUCAUCAUAGGUACACGUCAACUAUGACAGACAAAAUGAGAGAAAAAAAUCCAGAAAAUCACAUUGUAGGAUUUUUUAAUGAAUUUAUUUGCAAAUUAUGGUGGCAAAUAAGUAUUUGGUCAAUAACAAAAGUUUCUCAAUACUUUGUUAUAUACCCUUUGUUGGCAAUGACACAGGUCAAACGUUUUCUGUAAGUCUUCACAAGGUUUUCACACACUGUUGCUUGUAUUUUGGCCCAUUCCUCCAUGCAGAUCUCCUCUAGAGCAGUGAUGUUUUGGGGCUGUCACUGGGCAACACGGACUUUCAACUCCCUCCAAAGAUUUUCUAUGGGGUUGAUAUCUGGAGACUGGCUAGGCCACUCCAGGACCUUGAAAUGCUUCUUACGAAGCCACUCCUUCGUUGCCCGGGCGGUGUGUUUGGGAUCAUUGUCAUGCUGAAAGACCCAGCCACGUUUCAUCUUCAAUGCCCUUGCUGAUGGAAGGAGGUUUUCACUCAAAAUCUCACAAAACAUGGCCCCAUUCAUUCUUUCCUUUACACGGAUCAGUCGUCCUGGUCCCUUUGCAGAAAAACAGCCCAAAAGCAUGAUGUUUCCACCCCCAUGCUUCACAGUAGGUAUGGUGUUCUUUGGAUGCAACUCAGCAUUCUUUGUCCUCCAAACAUGACGAGUUGAGUUUUUACCAAAAAGUUAUAUUUUGGUUUCAUCUGACCAUAUGACAUUCUCCCAAUCCUCUUCUGGAUCAUCCAAAUGCACUUCAGACGGGCCUGGACAUGUACUGGCUUAAGCAGGGGGACACGUCUCGCACUGCAGGAUUUGAGUCCCUGGCGGCGUAGUGUGUUACUGAUGGUAGGCUUUGUUACUUUGGUCCCAGCUCUCUGCAGGUCAUUCACUAGGUCCCCCCGUGUGGUUCUGGGAUUUUUGCUCACCGUUCUUGUGAUCAUUUUGACCCCACGGGGUGAGAUCUUGCGUGGAGCCCCAGAUUGAGGGAGAUUAUCAGUGGUCUUGUAUGUCUUCCGUUUCCUAAUAAUUGCUCCCACAGUUGAUUUCUUCAAACCAACCUGCUUACCUAUUGCAGAUUCAGUCUUCCCAGCCUGGUGCAAGUCUACAAUUUUGUUUCUGGUGUCCUUUGACAGCUCUUUGGUCUUGGCCAUAGUGGAGUUUGGAGUGUGACUGUUUGAGGUUGUGGACAGGUGUCUUUUAUACUGAUAACAAGUUCAAACAGGUGCCAUUAAUACAGGUAACGAGUGGAGGACAGAGGAGCCUCUUAAAGAAGAAGUUACAGGUCUGUGAGAGCCAGAAAUCUUGCUUGUUUGUAGGUGACCAAAUACUUAUUUUCCACCAUAAUUUGCAAAUAAAUUCAUUAAAAAUCCUACAAUGGGAUUUUCUGGAUUUUUUUUUCUCAUUUUGUCUGUCAUAAUUGACGUGUACCUAUGAUGAAAAUUACAGGCCUCUCUAAUCUUUUUAAGUGGGAGAACUUGCACAAUUGGUGGCUGACUAAAUACUUUUCCCCCCCACUGUAUGUCAUCCAUCCCCGUGAGAAAAGGCAAAGAAGAGACCAAAUGGUUGUUCACUUUCAUAAAUCAGGCAAUGGGUACAACAAAAAUUGCUAAUAAGAAACAAACAAAUAUACCACUUACCACUAUUAGGGCAACAAUUAAGAAGGUUAAAACCACUGGAACAGUGGUAAACUUGCCUUGGAUUGGACGCAAGUGUCCCUACGCAAAGUGAAGAUGGUUUGGGAGUCAACGAAAAAUCCAAGGGCCAAAGUUGGAGAAUUACAGAACUUGGUCGCAUCUUUGUGUCACUAAGUCUCAAAAUCAAAUCUACAAUUAGAUGCCACCUCCAUGCCAAUAGGCUUUUUGGAAGGGUUGCCAGAAAAAUAGCCUUUAUUGAGAGCAACCAACAAAUGUAAACGCCUGGAGUUUGCUAAAUGGAAUUGACACUUGGAUUGGAACCGGUGCUAUGGUCAGAUGACCUGAACAUAGAUCUCUUUGGCCAUGCACACCAGUGGUGGGUUUGGCAUCAAAAUAAGGAUGCAGGAAAGAACCUCAUACCUACUGUAAAAUAUGGUGGUGGAUCUUUUGAUGUAAUGGGGCUGUUUUGCUUCGACUGGUCCUGGGGCCCUUGUUAAGGUCAACGGCAUCAGGAACUCUACCAAGUACCAGGACAUUUUAGCCAAAAACCUGGCUGCCUCUGCCAGGAGGCUGAAACUUGUGGAUCAAUAACCCCAAGCACACUUCAAAAUCCACAAUGAAAUGGUUAAUUGACCACAAAAUCAACAUUUUGCAAUGGCCAUCUCAGGCUCCGGACUUGAACCUGAUGUUAAAUCUGUGGUUUAAAUGGAAGAGGGCAGUCCAUAAGCGCAGACUGAAGGAUAUCAAGGAUCUGGAAAGAUUCUGUAUGAAGGAAUGGUCUAAGAUCCCUCCCCAUGUGUUCUCCAAUCUCAUGAAAUAUUUUAGAAAAAGACUCAGUCCCGGUAUCCUCGCAACGGGAGGGUGCCGGAGUAUUAAAAACAGGGCUGCCAAUAAUUUUGACACCUAUUUUUUUUUUGUUGGUAUUAAUUGUUAAACAAAAUAUAUUUCUCUGAGCAAUUGUAUUAGUAUAAAAUAAUAUAAUUUUAGCAUACAAUAUAGCGCACUACUAUUUAUUUUAUACUGUAUUUUUGGUCAUCUUUAUCAAGAGUGCCAAUUAUUUUGGAGGUGACUGUAGGUCAUCGUCUGUCCUAGUAGAUUUCCGAAAGGCUUUCUGUUCUGUACAGUAUUUGCUAAUUCAUUUCUGUUUUUCCUAUCACAGACCCCACCAGCAGGAAACAAGACUCAGUAUGAGGAGAUUGACAUCCCUGUGGCGCUGCUCAGCUACACUGACAUGCUGGACAUCAGUAAGGUGAGAGGAGAGACCAACCAAUAUUAGCCUGGGUACCAGUCUGUUUUGGCCAUCAUGCUUGUUUGGGAUGACAAGGAGUGUCAAGGAGUAGAAUGAUGGCACAAACAGAUCUGGGACCAGGCUACAUCGACACUGUUCACCAGGGCACAACGUUGGGUUGUGCAAUGUUCAGUUACAAAUAUAUCCUAUAGAUCAGAGAUACCUCUGACAUGUAGAGUAAACAUUGAGGGUAAUGUACCAGGUCAGUUCUAUUUAUGACAUUUCUAUCUGCCACGGUUGGUAUGUUGUAUCCUCCUGUAUGUGACCCUGUUCAAACAAACUUCAUGUUUGUAACUAACUUAACUAACAAAUAUCAAUCAAUUGACCCAAAUGCCAUGUUCCUGUCCCCUGCAGACGUUUGGACAGAGCCGAGAGGUGGCCAUGUACGCCCCCAGCGAGCCCUUCCUGGACUACAACAUGGUCAUCAUCUUCCUCAUGGCUGUGGGGACGGUGGCCAUCGGAGGAUACUGGGCCGGCAGCAAGGACAUCAAGAAGUAAGACUGGCAGUAGUCUGGUGGUGGUAGUUGUAGCAGCAAGGACAUCAAGAAGUAAGUGUGGCAGACAUUAAACAGUAGUCGCUCACCAAUAGAUAUAUAUAUACAUACACAUACAUACAGUUGAAGUCGGAAGUUUACAUACACUUAGGUUGGAGUCAUUAAAACUCAUUUUUCAACCACUCCACAAAUUUAUUUUUAACAAACUAUAGUUUUGGCAACUCGGUUAGGACAUCUACUUUGCAUGACACAAGUAAUUUUUCCAACAAUUGUUUACAGACAGAUUAUUUCACUUAUAAUUCACUGUAUCACAAUUCCAGUGGGUCAGAAGUUUACAUACACUAAGUUGACUGUGCCUUUAAACAGCUUGGAAAAUACCAGAAAAUGAUGUCAUGGCUUUAGAAGCUUCUGAUAGGCUAAUUGACAUCAUUUGAGUCAAUUGGAGGUGUACCUAUGGAUGUAUUUCAAGGCCUAACUUCAAACUCAGUGCCUCUUUGUAUCCACAGUAAAACGAGUCCUAUAUCGACAUAACCUGAAAGGCCGCUCAGCAAGGAAGAAGCCACUGCUCCAAAACCGCCAUAAAAAAGCCAGACUACGCAUUGCAACUGCACAUGGGGACAAAGAUCGUACUUUUUGGAGAAAUGUCCUCUCAUCUGAUGAAACAAAAAUAGAACUGUUUGGCCAUAAUGACCAUCGUUAUGUUUGUAGGAAAAAGGGGGCUGCUUGCAAGCCGAAGAACACCAUCCCAACCGUGAAGCACGGGGGUGGCAGCAUCAUGCUGUGGGGGUGCUUUGCUGCAGGAGGGACUGGUGCACUUCACAAAAUAGAUGGCAUCAUGAGGAAGGAAAAUUAUGUGGAUAUAUUGAAGCAACAUCUCAAGAUAUCAGUCAGGAAGUUAAAGCUUGGUCGCAAAUGGGUCUUCCAAAUGGACAAUGACCCCAAGCAUACUUCCAAAGUUGUGGCAAAAUGGCUUAAGGACAACAAAGUCAAGGUAUUGGAGUGGCCAUCACAAAGCCCUGACCUCAAUCCUAUAGAAAAGGCGUAAAAUUAUAUGUGAAAUAAACAAUUGUUGGAAAAUUACUAAUGUCAGCCAUAUCUCAGACUGGCCAAUAAAAGAUUAAGAUGGGCAGUCUGAGAUAUGGCGUUUCUUUGCAACUCUGCCUAGAAGGUCAGCAUCCCGGAGUCGCCUCUUCACUGUUGACGUUGACUGGUGUUUUGCGCGUACUAUUUAAGGAAGCUGCCAGUUGAGGACCUGUGAGACAUUUGUUUCUCAAGCUAGACACUAAUGUAUUUGUCCUCUUGCUCAGUUGGGCACCGGGGCCUCCCACUCCUCUUUCUAUUCUGGUUAGAGCCAGUUUGCGCUCCCUUUGGCUCAGCUCAGGUGCCUACAUAGGUUGUUUUUUUUUCUUUUCUUUUUUUUAACCUUUAUUUAACCAGGUAAGCCAGUUGAGAACAAGUUCUCAUUUACAACUGCAACCUGGCCAAGAUAAAGCAAAGCAGUGCGAUUUAAAAACAACAACACAGAUACAUAUGGGGUAAAACAAAACAUAAAGUCAGUAUAUAUACAGUUUGUGCAAAUGUAGUAAGUUAUGGAGGUAAGGCAAUAAAUAGGCCAUAGUGCAAAAUAAUUACAAUUAGUAUUAACACUGGAAUGAUAGAUGUGCAAGAGAUGAUGUGCAAAUAGAGAUACUGGGGUGCAAAUGAGCAAAAUAAAUAACAAUAUGGGGAUGAGGUAGUUGAGUGGGCUAAUUUCUGAAGGGCUGUGUACAGGUGCAGUGAUCGGUAAGCUGCUCUGACAACUGAUGCUUAAAGAUAGUGAGGGAGAUAAGUCUCCAGCUUCAGAGAUUUUUGUAGUUCGUUCCAGUCAUUGGCAGCAGAGAACUGGAAGGAAUGGCAGCCAAAGGAGGUGUUGGCUUUGGGGAUGACCAGUGAGAUAUACCUGCUGGAGCGCAUACUACGGGUGGGUGUUGCUAUGGUGACUAAUGAGCUAAGAUAAGGCGGAGAUUUGCCUAGCAGUGAUUUUAUAUAUGGCCUGGAGCCAGUGGGUUUGGCUACGAAUAUGUAGUGAGGACCAGCCAACAAGAGCGUACAGGUCACAGUGGUGGGUAGUAUAUGGGGCUUUGGUGACAAAACGGAUGGCACUGUGAUAGACUACAUCUAAUUUGCUGAGUAGAGUGUUGGAGGCUAUUUUGUAAAUGACAUCGUCAAGGAUCGGUAGGAUAGUCAGUUUUACGAGGGCAUGUUUGGCAGCAUGAGUGAAGGAGGCUUUCUUGCGAAAUAGGAAGCCAAUUCUAGAUUUCACUUUGGAUUGGAGAUCCUCCUCCCCACGUGGUACCUCCUGCAGCUCAUCUGACAUACCCUCCAGCUGCAUGCCACAGCCAUACUGCUCAUUUGUGUGCGUGAUUUCCUGCAGACAGGAAUGUCAGUGUUCUGCCAUGGCCAGCGAAGAGCCCGGAUCUCAAUCCCAUUGAGCACGUCUGGGACCUGUUGGAUCGGAGGGUGAGGGCUAGGGCCAUUCCCCCAAAAAUGUCCGGGAACUUGCAGGUGCCUUGGUGGAAGAGUGGGGUAACAUCUCACAGCAAGAACUGGCAAAUCUGGUGCAGUCCAUGAGGAGGAGAUGCACUGCAGUACUUAAUGCAGCUGGUGGCCACACCAGAUACUGACUGUUACUUUGGAUUUGACCCCCCCCCCUCAGUUGUUGAAUCUUGUUAUGUUUAUACAAAUAUUUACACAUGUUAAGUUUGCUGAAAAUAAACGCAGUUGACAGUGAGAGGACGUUUUCUUUUUUUGCUGAGUUUACAACGUAGAGUGGGGGAAAAAAGUAUUUAGUCAGCCACCAAUUGUGCAAGUUCUCCCACUUAAAAAGAUGAGAGGCCUGUAAUUUUCAUCAUAGGUACACGUCAACUAUGACAGACAAAAUGAGAGAAAAAAAUCCAGAAAAUCACAUUGUAGGAUUUUUUAAUGAAUUUAUUUGCAAAUUAUGGUGGCAAAUAAGUAUUUGGUCAAUAACAAAAGUUUCUCAAUACUUUGUUAUAUACCCUUUGUUGGCAAUGACACAGGUCAAACGUUUUCUGUAAGUCUUCACAAGGUUUUCACACACUGUUGCUUGUAUUUUGGCCCAUUCCUCCAUGCAGAUCUCCUCUAGAGCAGUGAUGUUUUGGGGCUGUCACUGGGCAACACGGACUUUCAACUCCCUCCAAAGAUUUUCUAUGGGGUUGAUAUCUGGAGACUGGCUAGGCCACUCCAGGACCUUGAAAUGCUUCUUACGAAGCCACUCCUUCGUUGCCCGGGCGGUGUGUUUGGGAUCAUUGUCAUGCUGAAAGACCCAGCCACGUUUCAUCUUCAAUGCCCUUGCUGAUGGAAGGAGGUUUUCACUCAAAAUCUCACAAAACAUGGCCCCAUUCAUUCUUUCCUUUACACGGAUCAGUCGUCCUGGUCCCUUUGCAGAAAAAACAGCCCAAAAGCAUGAUGUUUCCACCCCCAUGCUUCACAGUAGGUAUGGUGUUCUUUGGAUGCAACUCAGCAUUCUUUGUCCUCCAAACAUGACGAGUUGAGUUUUUACCAAAAAGUUAUAUUUUGGUUUCAUCUGACCAUAUGACAUUCUCCCAAUCCUCUUCUGGAUCAUCCAAAUGCACUUCAGACGGGCCUGGACAUGUACUGGCUUAAGCAGGGGGACACGUCUCGCACUGCAGGAUUUGAGUCCCUGGCGGCGUAGUGUGUUACUGAUGGUAGGCUUUGUUACUUUGGUCCCAGCUCUCUGCAGGUCAUUCACUAGGUCCCCCCGUGUGGUUCUGGGAUUUUUGCUCACCGUUCUUGUGAUCAUUUUGACCCCACGGGGUGAGAUCUUGCGUGGAGCCCCAGAUUGAGGGAGAUUAUCAGUGGUCUUGUAUGUCUUCCGUUUCCUAAUAAUUGCUCCCACAGUUGAUUUCUUCAAACCAACCUGCUUACCUAUUGCAGAUUCAGUCUUCCCAGCCUGGUGCAAGUCUACAAUUUUGUUUCUGGUGUCCUUUGACAGCUCUUUGGUCUUGGCCAUAGUGGAGUUUGGAGUGUGACUGUUUGAGGUUGUGGACAGGUGUCUUUUAUACUGAUAACAAGUUCAAACAGGUGCCAUUAAUACAGGUAACGAGUGGAGGACAGAGGAGCCUCUUAAAGAAGAAGUUACAGGUCUGUGAGAGCCAGAAAUCUUGCUUGUUUGUAGGUGACCAAAUACUUAUUUUCCACCAUAAUUUGCAAAUAAAUUCAUUAAAAAUCCUACAAUGGGAUUUUCUGGAUUUUUUUUUCUCAUUUUGUCUGUCAUAAUUGACGUGUACCUAUGAUGAAAAUUACAGGCCUCUCUAAUCUUUUUAAGUGGGAGAACUUGCACAAUUGGUGGCUGACUAAAUACUUUUCCCCCCCACUGUAUGUCAUCCAUCCCCGUGAGAAAAGGCAAAGAAGAGACCAAAUGGUUGUUCACUUUCAUAAAUCAGGCAAUGGGUACAACAAAAAUUGCUAAUAAGAAACAAACAAAUAUACCACUUACCACUAUUAGGGCAACAAUUAAGAAGGUUAAAACCACUGGAACAGUGGUAAACUUGCCUUGGAUUGGACGCAAGUGUCCCUACGCAAAGUGAAGAUGGUUUGGGAGUCAACGAAAAAUCCAAGGGCCAAAGUUGGAGAAUUACAGAACUUGGUCGCAUCUUUGUGUCACUAAGUCUCAAAAUCAAAUCUACAAUUAGAUGCCACCUCCAUGCCAAUAGGCUUUUUGGAAGGGUUGCCAGAAAAAUAGCCUUUAUUGAGAGCAACCAACAAAUGUAAACGCCUGGAGUUUGCUAAAUGGAAUUGACACUUGGAUUGGAACCGGUGCUAUGGUCAGAUGACCUGAACAUAGAUCUCUUUGGCCAUGCACACCAGUGGUGGGUUUGGCAUCAAAAUAAGGAUGCAGGAAAGAACCUCAUACCUACUGUAAAAUAUGGUGGUGGAUCUUUUGAUGUAAUGGGGCUGUUUUGCUUCGACUGGUCCUGGGGCCCUUGUUAAGGUCAACGGCAUCAGGAACUCUACCAAGUACCAGGACAUUUUAGCCAAAAACCUGGCUGCCUCUGCCAGGAGGCUGAAACUUGUGGAUCAAUAACCCCAAGCACACUUCAAAAUCCACAAUGAAAUGGUUAAUUGACCACAAAAUCAACAUUUUGCAAUGGCCAUCUCAGGCUCCGGACUUGAACCUGAUGUUAAAUCUGUGGUUUAAAUGGAAGAGGGCAGUCCAUAAGCGCAGACUGAAGGAUAUCAAGGAUCUGGAAAGAUUCUGUAUGAAGGAAUGGUCUAAGAUCCCUCCCCAUGUGUUCUCCAAUCUCAUGAAAUAUUUUAGAAAAAGACUCAGUCCCGGUAUCCUCGCAACGGGAGGGUGCCGGAGUAUUAAAAACAGGGCUGCCAAUAAUUUUGACACCUAUUUUUUUUUUGUUGGUAUUAAUUGUUAAACAAAAUAUAUUUCUCUGAGCAAUUGUAUUAGUAUAAAAUAAUAUAAUUUUAGCAUACAAUAUAGCGCACUACUAUUUAUUUUAUACUGUAUUUUUGGUCAUCUUUAUCAAGAGUGCCAAUUAUUUUGGAGGUGACUGUAGGUCAUCGUCUGUCCUAGUAGAUUUCCGAAAGGCUUUCUGUUCUGUACAGUAUUUGCUAAUUCAUUUCUGUUUUUCCUAUCACAGACCCCACCAGCAGGAAACAAGACUCAGUAUGAGGAGAUUGACAUCCCUGUGGCGCUGCUCAGCUACACUGACAUGCUGGACAUCAGUAAGGUGAGAGGAGAGACCAACCAAUAUUAGCCUGGGUACCAGUCUGUUUUGGCCAUCAUGCUUGUUUGGGAUGACAAGGAGUGUCAAGGAGUAGAAUGAUGGCACAAACAGAUCUGGGACCAGGCUACAUCGACACUGUUCACCAGGGCACAACGUUGGGUUGUGCAAUGUUCAGUUACAAAUAUAUCCUAUAGAUCAGAGAUACCUCUGACAUGUAGAGUAAACAUUGAGGGUAAUGUACCAGGUCAGUUCUAUUUAUGACAUUUCUAUCUGCCACGGUUGGUAUGUUGUAUCCUCCUGUAUGUGACCCUGUUCAAACAAACUUCAUGUUUGUAACUAACUUAACUAACAAAUAUCAAUCAAUUGACCCAAAUGCCAUGUUCCUGUCCCCUGCAGACGUUUGGACAGAGCCGAGAGGUGGCCAUGUACGCCCCCAGCGAGCCCUUCCUGGACUACAACAUGGUCAUCAUCUUCCUCAUGGCUGUGGGGACGGUGGCCAUCGGAGGAUACUGGGCCGGCAGCAAGGACAUCAAGAAGUAAGACUGGCAGUAGUCUGGUGGUGGUAGUUGUAGCAGCAAGGACAUCAAGAAGUAAGUGUGGCAGACAUUAAACAGUAGUCGCUCACCAAUAGAUAUAUAUAUACAUACACAUACAUACAGUUGAAGUCGGAAGUUUACAUACACUUAGGUUGGAGUCAUUAAAACUCAUUUUUCAACCACUCCACAAAUUUAUUUUUAACAAACUAUAGUUUUGGCAACUCGGUUAGGACAUCUACUUUGCAUGACACAAGUAAUUUUUCCAACAAUUGUUUACAGACAGAUUAUUUCACUUAUAAUUCACUGUAUCACAAUUCCAGUGGGUCAGAAGUUUACAUACACUAAGUUGACUGUGCCUUUAAACAGCUUGGAAAAUACCAGAAAAUGAUGUCAUGGCUUUAGAAGCUUCUGAUAGGCUAAUUGACAUCAUUUGAGUCAAUUGGAGGUGUACCUAUGGAUGUAUUUCAAGGCCUAACUUCAAACUCAGUGCCUCUUUGUAUCCACAGUAAAACGAGUCCUAUAUCGACAUAACCUGAAAGGCCGCUCAGCAAGGAAGAAGCCACUGCUCCAAAACCGCCAUAAAAAAGCCAGACUACGCAUUGCAACUGCACAUGGGGACAAAGAUCGUACUUUUUGGAGAAAUGUCCUCUCAUCUGAUGAAACAAAAAUAGAACUGUUUGGCCAUAAUGACCAUCGUUAUGUUUGUAGGAAAAAGGGGGCUGCUUGCAAGCCGAAGAACACCAUCCCAACCGUGAAGCACGGGGGUGGCAGCAUCAUGCUGUGGGGGUGCUUUGCUGCAGGAGGGACUGGUGCACUUCACAAAAUAGAUGGCAUCAUGAGGAAGGAAAAUUAUGUGGAUAUAUUGAAGCAACAUCUCAAGAUAUCAGUCAGGAAGUUAAAGCUUGGUCGCAAAUGGGUCUUCCAAAUGGACAAUGACCCCAAGCAUACUUCCAAAGUUGUGGCAAAAUGGCUUAAGGACAACAAAGUCAAGGUAUUGGAGUGGCCAUCACAAAGCCCUGACCUCAAUCCUAUAGAAAAGGCGUAAAAUUAUAUGUGAAAUAAACAAUUGUUGGAAAAUUACUAAUGUCAGCCAUAUCUCAGACUGGCCAAUAAAAGAUUAAGAUGGGCAGUCUGAGAUAUGGCGUUUCUUUGCAACUCUGCCUAGAAGGUCAGCAUCCCGGAGUCGCCUCUUCACUGUUGACGUUGACUGGUGUUUUGCGCGUACUAUUUAAGGAAGCUGCCAGUUGAGGACCUGUGAGACAUUUGUUUCUCAAGCUAGACACUAAUGUAUUUGUCCUCUUGCUCAGUUGGGCACCGGGGCCUCCCACUCCUCUUUCUAUUCUGGUUAGAGCCAGUUUGCGCUCCCUUUGGCUCAGCUCAGGUGCCUACAUAGGUUGUUUUUUUUUCUUUUCUUUUUUUUAACCUUUAUUUAACCAGGUAAGCCAGUUGAGAACAAGUUCUCAUUUACAACUGCAACCUGGCCAAGAUAAAGCAAAGCAGUGCGAUUUAAAAACAACAACACAGAUACAUAUGGGGUAAAACAAAACAUAAAGUCAGUAUAUAUACAGUUUGUGCAAAUGUAGUAAGUUAUGGAGGUAAGGCAAUAAAUAGGCCAUAGUGCAAAAUAAUUACAAUUAGUAUUAACACUGGAAUGAUAGAUGUGCAAGAGAUGAUGUGCAAAUAGAGAUACUGGGGUGCAAAUGAGCAAAAUAAAUAACAAUAUGGGGAUGAGGUAGUUGAGUGGGCUAAUUUCUGAAGGGCUGUGUACAGGUGCAGUGAUCGGUAAGCUGCUCUGACAACUGAUGCUUAAAGAUAGUGAGGGAGAUAAGUCUCCAGCUUCAGAGAUUUUUGUAGUUCGUUCCAGUCAUUGGCAGCAGAGAACUGGAAGGAAUGGCAGCCAAAGGAGGUGUUGGCUUUGGGGAUGACCAGUGAGAUAUACCUGCUGGAGCGCAUACUACGGGUGGGUGUUGCUAUGGUGACUAAUGAGCUAAGAUAAGGCGGAGAUUUGCCUAGCAGUGAUUUUAUAUAUGGCCUGGAGCCAGUGGGUUUGGCUACGAAUAUGUAGUGAGGACCAGCCAACAAGAGCGUACAGGUCACAGUGGUGGGUAGUAUAUGGGGCUUUGGUGACAAAACGGAUGGCACUGUGAUAGACUACAUCUAAUUUGCUGAGUAGAGUGUUGGAGGCUAUUUUGUAAAUGACAUCGUCAAGGAUCGGUAGGAUAGUCAGUUUUACGAGGGCAUGUUUGGCAGCAUGAGUGAAGGAGGCUUUCUUGCGAAAUAGGAAGCCAAUUCUAGAUUUCACUUUGGAUUGGAGAUGCUGAAUGUGAGUCUGGAAGGAGAGUUUACAGUCUAACCAGACACCUAGGUAUUUGUAGUUGUCCACAUACUCUAGGUCAGACCCGUCGAGAGUAGUGAUUCUAGUCGGGUGGGCGGGUGCCAGCAGCGUUCGAUUGAAGAGCAUGCAUUUAGUUUUACUAGUGUUUAAGAGCAGUUGGAGGCUACGGAAGGAGUGUUGUAUGGCAUUGAAGCUCAUUUGGAGGUUUGUUAACACAGUGUCCAAUGAAGGGCCAGAUGUAUACAAAAUGGUGUCGUCUGCGUAGAGGUGGAUCUGAGAGUCACCAGCAGCAAGAGCGACAUUGAUAUACACAGAGAAAAGAGUCGGCCCAAGAAUUGAACCCUGUGGCACCCCCAUAGAGACUGCCAUAGGUCCAGACAACAGGCCCUCCGAUUUGACACAUUGAACUCUAUCUGAGAAGUAGUUGGUGAACCAGGCGAGGCAGUCAUUUGAGAAACCAAGGCCAUUUAGUCUGCCAAUAAGAAUGCGGUGGUUGACAGAGUCGAAAGCCUUGGCCAGGUCGAUAAAGACGGCUGCACAGUACUGUUUAUUAUCGAUCGCGGUUAUAAUAUUGUUUAGGACCUUGAGCGUGGCUGAGGUGCACCCAUGACCAGCUCGGAAACCGGAUUGCAUAGCGGAGAAGGUACGGUGGGAUUCGAAGUGGUCAGUGAUCUGUUUUGUUAACUUGGCUUUCAAAAACUUUCGAAAGGCAGGGCAGGAUGGAUAUAGGUCUGUAACAGUUUGGAUCUAGAGUGUCACCCCCUUCGAAGAGGAUGACCGCGGCAGCUUUCCAAUCUCUAGGGACCUCAGACGUUACGAAUGAGAGGUUGAACAGGCUAGUAAUAGGGGUUGCAACAAUUUCGGCGGCUAAUUUUGGAAAGAAAGGGUGCAGAUUGUCUAGCCCAGAUGAUUUGUAGGGGUCCAGAUUUUGCAGCUCUUUCAGGACAUCAGCUGUCUGAAUUUGUGUGAAGGAGAAGCGGGGGGGGGGGGAUUGGGCAAGUUGCAGAGGAGGGUGCAGAGCUGGUGGCCGGGGUAGUGGUAGCCAGGUGGAAAGCAUGGCCAGCCGUAGCAAAAUGCUUUGAAAUUCUCGAUUAUUGUAGAUUUAUCGGUGGUGAUAGUGUUUCCUAGCCUCGGUGCAGUGGGCAGCUGGGAGGAGGUGCUCUUAUUCUCCAUGGACUUUACAGUGUCCCAAAACUUUUUGGAGUUAGUGCUACAGGAUGCACAUUUCUGUUUUGAAAUAGCUAGCCUUCGCUUUCCUAACUGCUUGUGUAUAUUGGUUCCUAACUUCCCUGAAAAGUUGCAUAUCGCGGGGGCUAUUCGAUGCUAAUGCAGUACGCCACAGGAUGUUUUUGUGCUGGUCAAGGGCAGUCAAGUCUGAGGAGAACCAGGGGCUAUAUCUGUUCUUAGUUCUGAAUUUUUUGAAUGGGGCAUGCUUAUUUAAGAUUGAGAGGAAAGCACUUUUAAAGCACAACCAGGCAUCCUCUACUGACGGAAUGAGAUCGAUAUCCAUCCAGGAUACCCGGGCCAGGUCAAUUAGGAAGGCCUGCUCGCUAAAGUGUUUUAGGGAGCGUUUGACAGUGAUGAGGGGUGGUCGUUUGACCGCGGACCCGUUACGGACGCAGGCAAUAAGGCAGUGAUCGCUGAGAUCCUGGUUGAAGACAGCGGAGGUGUAUUUAGAGGGUAAGUUAGUCAGGAUGAUAUCUAUGAGGGUGCCCAUGUUUACGGAUUUAGGGUUGUACCUGGUAGGUUCGUUGAUAAUUUGUGUGAGAUUGAGGGCAUCUAGUUUGGAUUGUAGGAUGGCCGGGGUGUUAAGCAUAUCCCAGUUUAGGUCACCAAGCAGUACAAACUCUGAGGAUAGAUGGGGGGCAAUCAAUUCACAUAUGGUGUCCAGGGCACAACUGGGGGCUGAGGGGGGUCGGUAGCAAGCGGCAACAGUGAGAGACUUGUUUCUGGAAAGGUGGACUUUUAGAAGUAGGAGCUCAAACUGUUUGGGCACAGACCUGGAUAGUAUGAUGGAGCUCUGCAGGCUAUCUCUACAGUAGAUUGCAACUCCACCCCCUUUGGCAGUUCUAUCUAGACGGAAAAUGUUGUAGUUGGGGAUGGAAAUUUCAGAAUUUUUGGUGGCCUUCCUAAGCCAGGAUUCAGACACUGCUAGAACAUCAGGGUUGGCAGAGUGUGCUAACGCAGUGAAUAACUCAAACUUAGGAAGGAGGCUUCUGAUGUUAACGUGCAGAAAACCAAGGCUUUUCCGGUUACAGAGGUCAACAAAUGAUAGCUCCUGGGGAGUAGGAGUGAUACUGGGGGCUGCAGGGCCUGGGUUAGCCUCUACAUCACCAGAGGAACAGAGGAGGACUAGAAUAAGGAUACGGCUAAAGGCUUUAAGAACUGGUCUUCUAGUGCGUUGGGUACAGAGAAUAAAGGGGGCAGAUUUCCAGGCGUUGUAGACUAGAUUCAGGGCGUUCUGUACAGACAAGGAUAUGGAAGGAUAUGAGUACAGUGUAGGUAAACCUAAGCGUUAGCAUCACUGGAGGCACCGAUUUAGCCGGUCUCGGCGUGUAUGGGGGGUGGAACAAAGGAGCUAUUUGAGGCAGUUUGAGAAUGACUUGGGGUUCUAUAUUGAAAUUGUAUAGGCAAUAGGCAAGGCAUAUUGACAUGGGACAGAGGCAUAAAGCAAUCACAUGUGUUAUUAGAGAGAGCUAAGACAACAACUGGUAAUGGCGAUGAUAGUUUGGGCUGAGGCUAAACAGAUAAACAGGACAGGGUACCGUGUAAAGGAACAGUCCAGCAGGCAUAAGGUCCAGUGAACAGCAAUAUGUGAGUCCGAGAGCAGUUUGAAUUGGUGCUAAAGCACAGCGAGCAGGAAGCACGGCUGUUGUUUGCGUGUGCUAGCAUGCCGGGGCUAGCAGAUGGACCUUCGUGGUCGUCGCAACGAGAAGACUGUUGAAACCACAUACGAUUACGUCGGCAGACCAGUUGUGAUGGAUCGGCGGGGCUCCGUGUUGACUCUAGGAGGUCCCGUCCGGUUGACAGAAAGGUAGAUAGCCGGGAGAUGUGCCUAACUCGAGGCUAGCUCAAGGCUGAUUAGCCAACAACAACAUCCAUUUGGUUGCAGCUAGCUAGUUGCGAUGAUCAGGUGUGAAAGGUCCAGUGAUUUUAGUGAUUCCGGCAGAAAAUCUGAUUAUGUUCUGGGUCGAUAACGCGCUGUGCAGACAGUGCAGACUGGCCGAUAAUAGUCCAGGCUAGAGCUGGCUGGUAGGUAGUGCAGGCCACGGACAAUGUUGAAGAACCGCUAACGUUGGCUAAUAGCAAGUAGCUAGUUAGCGGGCCACUCCCGUCCGGUAGACAAAGAGGUAGAUAGCCUUGAGCCAGGCCCAUAUCCCGGCUAACUGGUGCUUGCUUCGGGGGCAGUGGUGAUUAGCCUACAGCAACAUCCAUUCGGUUGCGGCUAGCUAGUUGCGAUCCGUUGUUAGGGUCCAGUGAUUCAGUUAUUCCGUCAGAAAAUCCGAUGUUCUGGGUGAAAACCACUAACGGUGGCUAAUAGCAAGUAGCUAGUUAGCUGGCUAACUAGUUUCAACUGGAGAUUCUAGAUUAAGGUGAGUAAAUAAUAGAAUCCGUUCCACAUUGAGUGAGGCGGGUUGCAGGAAAGUGUGAUAGGGAAAUAUGUUCGAAAAAUACAAAAAAUAUAUAUACACGGACACACAACAAAGAACACGACCGCACUGCUACGCCAUCUUGGAAGUAUACACCGUAGACAUACUGUACAUAAUUUACGCGCACACACACACACACACACACACACACACACACACACACACACACACACACACACACACACACACACACACACACACACACACACACACACACACACACACACACACACACAGAAGUCAGCUCAGGGAGGCCAAGCUCAUGAGCUCCAUCAGCUGUAGAUGUUAAUUUAGAAUGGAAAAUGAAUGUGUUUAUGCAACAAAUGUUAGUGCGUCGAUUCGUUCUCUAAUCAAGCCGAAUCGUUUAAAACUAAAAUAGAUCGUUCCUGUAUCGUAUUGGAGCCCAUGUAUAGAGUCGUUUUGAAAAGGAAAGAUGCACAUCCCUAGUUAUCAUCUCUGGGGAAAACACACCCAUCUCUCUCAUCUUGUUGUAUGUUAUUCCAUUGCAUUGCAGUCUGAAGACCCAUUCUACUGUGUGUGGAGGCAGUGUCACAGGGCAAGGCUGAGUGAAUCCUUGUGUUGUCUGAAGAGACAUUCUAUGUGGAGUGGAGGGCAAGGCUGUGUGACUGGUGUUGUCGUUUACAGUGACUCCAUAUUGAUGUUGACCAGCGAGACAGCGCCAGCUACACUGCAAGGCUGAGUGGCCAUUGCUGGGGUGACUAAGAGCAGACUGGAGAGAGCGAGAGAUGGGUAGAGUGAAAUUGCCUCUACUGAUCAGAGGUCAAUUUCGGCAUCCCAGGGGCAUCCUCCCUCCCUCACAUGUCCCUGUUGUGUCCCUCUGCAGGCGCUACAUGAAGCACAAGCGUGACGACAGCGCGGAGAAGGAGGAUGAGGAGACGGUGGACGUGACGCCCAUCAUGAUCUCUAUGUUUGUGGUCAUGUGCUGCUCGAUGCUGGUGCUGCUCUACUUCUUCUACGACCACCUGGGUACACACCUAGAUAUGCACCCGUAGCUGUCGUUAUCUCUACCUGUAGCUGUCUCUCUCUACCUGUAGCUGUCUCUCUCUACCUGUAGCUGUCCGUUUGUCUCUAAUCUUUUUGUCUGUCUGUCUGUACCUGUCUCUCUACCUGUAGCGUUCUGUCUCUCUCUUUUUGUCUGUCUGUCUGCCUCCCUCAGCCUUUCUCCAUGUCUCUCUACCUGUCUUUGCAGUUGUCAGUGAAAAAAUAAGUAAUUACAUUAUAAUAAGCUAGUUGAAAUACACUGCCCUUCCUGCAGGGGUUAAAGUUAUCCGUCACAGCAACAGAUUUGUCAAAUUUGUUCUUUUUUUCCUAUUGAAAAUGACUGGCAUUGGUCAAACGCACAGUUUAAUACAUGUACAAGAUGUAAUCCUCUUUCCCUAAAAGCAUGAUGGUCAUGCCUUUUUUACAUGAAAGGGGAGGUUAACUUGGCUCCACAGACAAUCUGAGUUAGACUUUCUUUUUUGUUGCUUUAACCACAGCCAUCCUGUUCAUGUCUCUCUGUGUGUGUAUGCUAAUCCUCUCUCUCUCUGUCGGUUUAGUGUAUAUCAUCAUUGGGAUAUUCUGCCUGGCCUCUUCUGUUGGCCUCUACAGCUGUCUCUGGCCCUUUGUGAGGAGACUCCCCUUUGGCAAGUGCAGGUGAGACUUACCAUAUCAACCUAACAAAGAUCUGUUUUAUAAUCACAGAUUAAGGAGUACCCAAUCAACCUAACACAAAUCACAAGAGGAGUAGGCCUAUACAAUCAACCAAUCAAAAACACAAACUGAAUCAAUGCAAAUAGUUUACUCUUCUCUAACUAUUGUCGAUUUUUAACUUUUUCCAACUUCUAACUUAUUCCUGGUUUUGUGUGUGUGUGUGUAGGAUCCCAGAGAACAACCUUCCCUACUGCCACAAGAGGCCUCAGGUCCGCAUGCUGCUGUUGUCAGCCUUCUGCAUCGGAGUCAGUGUUACCUGGGGCGUGUUCCGCAACGAAGACCAGUGAGUUUACAUUUACGUCAUUUAGCAGACGCUCUUCUCCAGAGCGACUUACAAAUUGGUGCAUUCAACUUAUGAUAGCCAGUGGGACAACCACUUUUUUUUUAAUGGGGCGGGGGGGGGGUAGAAGGAUUACUUUUAUACAAUUCCAGGUAUUCCUUAAAGAGGUAGGUUUUCAAGUGUCUCCGGAAGGUGGUCAGUGACUCCGCUGUCCUGGCAUCGUGGGGGAGCUUGUUCCACCAUUGGGGUGCCAGAGCAGCGAAUAGCUUUGACUGGGUUGAGCGGGAACUGUGCUUCCGAAAGGUAGGGGGGCUAGCAGGCCAGAGGUGGAUGAACGUAGUGCCCUCGUUUGGGUGUAGGGUCUGAUCAGAGCCUAAAGGUAAGGAGGUGCCGUUCCCCUCACAGCUCCAUAGGCAAGCACCAUGGUCAACCAUGGAAGGUUGAACACCAGACGGGCUGUAGCGUUCUGGAUAAGUUGUAGAGGUUUAAUGGCACAGGCAGGGAGCCCAGCCAACAGCGAGUUGCAGUAAUCCAGACGGGAGAUGACAAGUGCCUGGAUUAGGACCUGUGCCGCUUUCUGUGUAAGGUAGGGUCGUACUCUGCGAAUGUUGUAGAGCAUGAACCUGCAGGAUCGGGUCACCGCUUUGAUGUUAGCGGAGAACGACAGGGUGUUGUCCCGGGUCACGCCAAGGUUCUUUGCACUCUGGGAGGAGGACACAAUGGAGUUGUCAACCGUGAUGGCGAGAUCAUGGAGCGGGCAGUCCUUUCCCGGGAGGAAGAGCAGCUCCAUCUUGCCGAGGUUCAGCUUGAAGUGGUGAUCCGACAUCCACACUGAUAUGUCUGCCAGACAUGCAGAGAUGCGAUUCGCCACCUGGUUAUCAGAAAAUGAAUUGUUUGUCGUCUGCGUAGCGUAGUUUCUGUGGGCGUGUAGUGUGGGAGGGUGGAUGUGGCAGUCAGCAUCACCAGGGGCGUGUUCCACAACAAAGACCAGUGAGUAUUAGGGUUGCAAAAUUCCGCAAUUCCGAAAAUGGUUCAAGGAUUCCCAGAUUUCCUGCUUAUUCUCUCCUGAUUCCGGGAAUCUUCCAAUUGUCUCACUGGUUAACUAUGCUAGAGGGAUGAGUAACGUUGCCUGAGACUUGAAGACUGGCUUUAGCCUUUAGCCCUUUAGCUCCCAGAGCUAAUGAAUGCAUAGGCUUCAGGUGGUUUCAGCUCAGUAGGCUAACAUAGUCUUCUUGAGGUCUGUGUGUGUGUCAGGGUUUCCGUUGGGAGAAUGUGUCGCUGGACAUUUGUCCGGAAGCAUUUUAAUUUACCAGACAUUUGAGAAGUUUACCGGACCCAUAUGCAUUGGGUGUGUAACCUGAUUAGGGCAGAAUGACAUAUCACAUUUAGAUUAAUUCCCAUAAUCUUAACCGAACAUGCAACUCAAGGAUGCAACGGCGUGUUCUUCUUACCGAAUUCCGAUGCUCACUUUGAAGACAUUUACUUUUCCUCAGCCAACAAGACGAGUAGCAAACAGCAAAAUCACUAUCCUAUGUCAAUCUACUAUCCCCCAUAGUAGAAAAGUUGACCUAUUCUAUUGGUCAGCUUGUCUUUCUGUGCGAGAAAGGAAUAGCCUAUUCCAAACAGACUCCGGGACAGUUGUGGAAUGAUAUAUCCCAAAUUCAUACAACCAGUACAUAAAAGAAAAAGGUUGAAAAGCAAUAAGACUGAUGCAACAGAUCAGAACAUUUUGCUUAAAAUGUGUUAAACUAUUAUUUUAUUGGAUAUGACAGCCUCAAAUAUGGUAUUUUCUUUUACGCAGUGUGCACUGAACUGACAUGCAUGAUUGUUGUUGACACUGAUGUUCAAAUGAAGAGAAUUAAAUAGUCUAUAACGCGCACCAAUGCUGUGCUCAACUCAAACAGCGGUGUGUAGCCUACUGUAGGUGCUGGCAAAGUAAUUCAAAGCCUAUACUUAGCCUAAUGACUUCCACAUGUAGCAUGUUAACAUGAGACCUUCCUUUGACAUUCAACACGUCCCAAUUCUCCACCCCUCUCCCGAAGUGUGCACUUGAACACUCACUCCCUGUCAUGGAUUAACAAAUCUUAGGAUUGGUUUAAGCAUUGGCUGGUGGGACUUUCCACCAUUGCAAGUGCACACUUCUGGAAAAGGGAGGAGAAUCGAGACAUAGCCAGUCUCUCGCCCCAGGCCCAAUUCAAACACUACCUGGAAGGCUGGAUGUCUCUAUUGAUGUGAAAAUGGUCUCAUCCAGGGGUGCAACUUUGGUUUUAGAAGUGUGUGGGGGGGACAUAACUUAAAGUAUUUAAAAAAUAUAUAUAUAUUAUCACUCAGGAUGUAACUUUCCAGUGCUACUAUAUUUGCCAUGUAAUGUUGUUAUUAAACCUAAAUCAGACAACCCCAUAGUAGAAUAGUUGACCUAUUUACCUAGUCUGCUUGUUGUGUGUUCUAUGCGAGAGUAAUAUUCCUCUCGAGGUGCAUUCAAGUUGGGAGACCCAUAGGAGGGAAACAUGUAUUCUGACAAGCAGUCAGUGCUGUGUGCAACAAUUCUUAAUGCAAUCGCUGGAAAACACUUCUGAAAGCAGUUUUGGCAUAUGUAUUUUGAAAGCAGUUUUGGCCUUUGUUAAAAAAGAGGGGGAUCCCAGUUUUACAUUGCUACCACGUUUAUUUCUCUGCUCCUUCAAUUGUGCGCGUGGCAUCGUUUUACAAAUGCAGUUUUACAACCAGAGUUUCAGGAAUGGUUUAGGUGCAGCUGCCCAACAGAGCUCUUAAAGGGGCAAUGACAUCUUAAAAGGGCAAUGACAUACUUUGAAAUAGAAACCAAAAAAUCUAAUUUUUCAAGUGAAUAAUAAUUAAUAUAUGUAAAAAAAAUAUAACAAUCAGGAUGUUGUGUCCAGUGGGGUAAAUGCAGAUGGACAAACCCCAUGCUUCAUCCUAAGUACAUUUUAUAGCCACUGUGCUGCAUCAGUUAGGCUACAGGUGAUAAUGCUUAUUGCUAAUAGCACAUCUGAUAAUAUAGACCAUAGGCUAUAUAUGCAUGGUCCAAUAACUUAAUAAUUUUAACAUAGUUUUUACCAAUAUGUUAAUGGAGCAAUUUCUGGAGGUGGAAAUUAUAUUUUAGAUGGUGUCGGCAUCCAUUUUAUUUUCAUAAAUUUUGGAGUAGAAUGUCCUUUUUAAAAAGUCACCAGAAAUAAGCUUUUCAGUCCUUCUACAUAAAAAUUAUACGGGGAGGACCCCGGACCCCAUAAGCAAGGGGACUGGAAUUGGUCGAACUCACAGUUUAAUAAAUAAAGAAAGGGGUUGUACAACUGAAUGCAUUCAACUGAAAUGUGUCUUUCGCAUUUAAUCCAACCCCUCUGAAUCAAAGCAUGAUAGUCAUGACUUUCUUACAUACAUGAAAGGGGAGGUUAACUUGGCCCCAGACAACUUAUGUUUCAGUCAUGGGAUUUUUUAGUUGUUGCUUUAACCCAUGUAAUAUAAAGUAAAACGUUCAGGUUUCACACAAUUAGUAUGCAUUUUGAAAAUAUAUACUUGUCUCCAACUCGCAUUGUAAAGUGUGACUCGCUGAAGCCUUCCUACUGUUGCCUAUGCACUUAAAUGGCGAAUGGGAAGCUCUUUUUAAUCGUAAACAUCGAAACUGUUUUUAACAUGAGAUUUCAUUUAGAAUUGUUGCGCAAUGAUUGGGCUUAUAAAAGCAUGUUUCACUCCAGCAGCAGUUCUCGCGCUGUCUGAUGAAUAAAAUGCACGUGUGAUGAAUAUAAAUCAUAACGACUAAUGAAAAUACACACACCAAUUUAAUUCCACUAAAUUAUGCAAAUAAACCCAUAGACUGAUAAGCAUGACUGAUCAAAUAUAUUUAUCAUCAACUGGUAUUUUCAUAAAUGAAUAGUCGAAAAAGCAGUAUUUUGCUAUGUGAUUUUUUUAUUCUCCUUGACAAUUGGCCUGUGGUGAUUUUAUUUAUCUGCUUUUUAUUUAUUUUAUCGGCCAAAAGCCGGCUAUUACCGACUGUGUGCAUGCUUGUGUGUGUGCCAGGCUAACUCUGGUUCCUUCCAUCUGCUGUGUCCUCACCUAGGUGGGCGUGGGUGUUACAGGACGCCCUGGGCAUAUCCUUCUGUCUCUACAUGCUCAAGACUAUCAGACUGCCCACAUUUAAG